UCUGCCAAAGUCAGAUUUCCUCACGUUGCGCGCUGCCCAUGCUUUUUCAAAGUUUGGGUCGAAGUAACAAAUAUUUUGAAUUAAAAGUGAUACAAAUAGUGAUAAUAGCUUCUAUGAGAAAAAAUUGAACAUUGUUAUUGCAUUCUUAAAUUCUUCACAAUGAAGUUUCAUUACAAGUUUCAAAAUUUACUGGGAACCGUAUACCGGAGAGGAGAUAUUUUGUUCACGGCUGAUGGAAACUGCGUCAUAAGUCCCGUAGGAAAUAAGAUAACAGUCUAUAACUUAAAACAAAACAAAAGCAACACAUUAUCAUUUGAAAGCUACUAUAAUUACACAGCUAUAGAUGUGUCCCCCAAUGGAUCUACAUUGUUGGCAGUUAAUGAAAAGGGUGAAGCCCAGAUGAUCAGCUUACUCACUUGUACAGUAAUACACCGGUAUAAGUUUAAACAGCAAGUCAACUCGGUCAAGUUCAGUCCUGAUGGAAAAUAUUUUGCAGCUUGCUGUGAUGAUAUAGUAUUCAUAAUGACAGCACCAUGCACAUUCACGGGAGAAUUCCGUUCAUUCGUUAUGAAGCGUGUCUUCAAGAAGUCGAGGGACGAAGUCACUUGUCUCGACUGGUCUCCAUGCUCCAAACUCCUGGCCGUGGGCUCCAAAGACACAACAACUAAGAUUUAUACUGUUGAUUACUUAGACAACUUAAGCAUGUACUCUUUAAGUGGUCAUACGGAUAAAGUAGUUGGGGUUUUCUUUGAAAGGAAGAGUUUGGAUUUAAUAACUGUCAGUAGGAACGGGCAAGUUUGUUUGUGGGAAGCCAGUAUUGAUAUGGAUGAUCUAGUGGUCUCCGAUGUUCAGAUUUCUCAUCGUAAGAAACGUAAGAUGGCUAAGGAUGAGGAGAGUGAGGACGAGAUUGAUGAGAAAGCUGUUGUGGAAAAGGAUAAGGAAUAUGAAAGCGAAGAAGAGGAAGAUCCCACAGAAAAAGAGAUUAAAACAGAAGAUAUUAAGAAACUCUUAUACAAGAAGUUAGGCCGAUAUUACAUAGGAGAUGACAUAAGGAUGGCUCAUCAUAAGGUUAAACUGACUGCUGCUCAGUAUCAUAGGGAGACCAAGAUGUUGGUAACAGGUUUCUCCACGGGUAUAUUCUUCCUCCACGAGAUGCCGGACGUGAAUCUGAUACAUACGCUCAGUAUAUCAGAACACAGGAUCAGCAGUAUAGCAAUAUCAUCCCCUGGUGAUUGGAUAGCUUUCGGAUGCCCUAAUAUCGGGCAGCUGCUGGUUUGGGAGUGGCAGAGUGAACAAUACGUAAUGAAGCAGCAAGGCCACUCCCUCGACAUGACCUGCCUCUCCUACUCCCCGGACGGACUGUACAUAGUCACCGGAGGGUACGAUGGGAAAGUCAAAGUGUGGAACACGACCAAUGGUUUCUGUUUUGUGACGUUCAGUGAACAUAAGUCUACUGUCACCAGUAUAACGUUCAGUGCUAAUAAGAAGUUCUUUGUGUCUGCUAGUCUGGAUGGGACGGUUAGGUGCUAUGAUUUGACUAGGUACCGUAACUUCCGCACGCUAACAUCCCCGAGCCUGGUGCAGUUCAGCUGCGUAGCCCUGGAUGCUAGUAGCGAGCUGUGUGCGGCGGGCGGACAGGAUGUCUUCGAGAUAUUCCUGUGGUCCAUCAAGUUUGGCAAGUUAUUAGAUGUACUAGGCGGUCACGAAGCCCCAGUAUCCAGCAUUACCUUCAGCCCCACAUUAGCCAGUUCCCGCCUAGUAUCAGCUAGUUGGGACAAAACCAUCAGGAUAUGGAACUGCAUAGAGACCAGCGCUGACUGCGAGACUGUACAACUGACGUCUGACGCCCUGCAAGUUGUGUUCAGACCUGAUGGGGAAGAGAUUGCAGUAUCAACGUUAGACGGCAAUAUAACAUUCUUCAACACGAAGACCGGCGACCAGACGGGCAGCAUCGAAGGCAGGAACGACCUCGGCUCCGGGAGAGCGGAAACCGAUCUUAUUACUCCUGAGAAAAUGAUUAAGACUAAAGCAUUCACAACAAUAUGCUACUCAGCGGAUGGCACGUGCAUAUUAGGAGGCGGUAACUCCAAACACGUGUGUUUAUACAGUGUUAGAGAAGCUAUACUUAUCAAGAAGUUCGUUAUCACGCAGAAUAGAUCGCUCGAUGCUGUUAAUGACUUCAUAAACCGUCGUCUGAUGACGGAGUUCGGCAACAUGGCGCUGAUCGAGGAGAGAGGGGACUUGGAGGGAGGCGACGUCAGCGUGAGGCUGCCCGGGGUCAAGGCGGGGGAUAUGGCCGACAGGAAGGUUAAACCUGAGGUCCGAGUCCACUGCGUGCGGUUUUCACCGACGGGUGACAGUUUUGCUGUCGCUGCUACAGAAGGUCUGCUCAUAUACAGUCAGAAUGCUGGCAUCGAUGGCACAUUCAGGCCAUAUCGUCUAGAAGCCGGUUCAACCCCCUACGCAGUGAAACAGCAACUGUCGCAGGCGGCGUGGGGCUCCGCGCUCGUCAUCGCGCUACAACUCAACGAGCAUACCGUCAUACAACAGUGCUUGGAAGCUGUGCCUGCUAAUGAUAUAAACUUAACAGUAGCGAAUCUCGACGAUGACUACGCAGAUCGUCUCCUAAGUUCCAUAGCCCGACUGCUGGAAGAUAGUCGGCAUCUAGAACACUUGUUACUAUGGGUAAAAGCCAUCGUUUCCGUGAAGAAACGCAAGUUCCCGCCCAGUGUGUUACUGGCUUUAGAAAAGGUUCUGACUGUGAAGUACUCGCAGAUUAGUAAGAUUUGCGACUUCAACAAGUACACAAUCCGUUGUAUCAAGACAGUCGGCAGUAUGGCGCCUAAGAUGGAAGUCGAUGAAGCAAUGGACAGCGACAACGAGUCCAGCGGGCGGGGGACGGGGGAUUCAGACUCUGAUUGAUAGAGAAUAAAUUGUUUAGUUUUUA